AUGCAUUUCAGUAGUAUUGCUCGGCCAGUGGUAUUUGCUGCACUUGUGCAGGGAUAUGCAAACCCAGGCUCAUGUUCCGGGGCCUGCAAUGUGCACGACCCGUCGUUGAUUCAAAGGUCGUCAGAUAAUCGUUAUUUCCGCUUCUCUACUGGCAAUAAGAUCUCUUAUGCGAGCGCCUCAUCUAUCAACGGCCCAUGGACUACCAUUGGGUCCAUGUUACCUAGUGGAUCUUCCAUUGAUCUUCCUGGAAAUGAUGACCUCUGGGCUCCAGACGUGCAGCUCGUGAAUGGCCUGUACCAUGUUUAUUACUCCGUAUCGACAUUUGGUUCACAGAGUUCUGCUCUUGGACUGGCCACUUCUGCAACUAUGGAGGCUGGCUCCUGGACUGAUCGUGGGAGCACCGGUAUUGCCUCGUCAUCCUCUAAGUCAUACAAUGCUAUUGAUGGCAAUCUUUUCAAAGAUGGCAGUACUUACUACAUGAACUUUGGCUCAUUCUGGCACGAUCUCUACCAGGCUCCAAUGGAUUCGGAUGCAACCGAAGUCGCAGCCUCAUCCUACAACUUAGCCUAUGACCCGUCUGGAACACAUGCCGUAGAGGGAGCCUAUAUGUAUCAACACGGUGACUACUACUAUCUGUUCUACUCUGUCGGCAUUUGUUGUGGUUACGAUACAACGCGCCCAGCUAGCGGAGCAGAAUACAAAAUCAAGGUCUGCCGUUCAACCACACCUACAGGUGGAUUUGUCGAUAAAUCCGGCACUGCGUGUACCAGCGGAGGGGGAACAGUCGUUCUUGAAAGUCACGGGACUGUCUACGGCCCCGGUGGACAGGGUGUAUAUACCGAUACCAGCCUCGGUCCAGUGCUAUACUACCACUACGUCGACACCACCGUGGGAUAUGCCGAUGGCCAAAAGCGCUUCGGAUGGAACAAGAUCGAUUUCUCAAGCGGGUGGCCGAUGGUCUAG